UCAUUCACACAUCAACUACAACUCCAUUACUGUUUCAUCACUUACCUUUUAAUAGGUUUGGAGAUUUUUUUCCAAAACUCACAGCCUUCCGGUAUGGAAAUUAUGAAUCUAAAUUCCCCACUUAAAUCCUUUCCUUUUCUCCACUGAUUCACUUUCCUUUCUUUAGUGCCCACACUCCCCUUUUUAAGCCUCCCUUCUCCCCUCCAUUCCCAUCUUUUAAUGGUGUCAGAUUUUCCUCACACCCUCCCUCGCCUCUUUCUCUCCCUUUCAGGCGUCUCGUUCGCUCUCUUCUUCAAAGUAAUAAUAUCCCCUGAAACCAUUUUUUCCUAUGGAUCCAUUCACGUUUUGUCCGAUCAAAUAUACAGAGCACCGCCAUGAAAUCAAAAAAUUUGCUAAACCCUCCGCCGCCUUAAACCCCGGGAUGUUUUCCGAGGGGCGGAAGCGGCCGGUGAAUGGCUCCACCGGUCCGAAGAAGGUUCGAAUAAUGGUAACGGACCCCGACGCUACUGAUACGUCCAGUGAUGAAGAGGAGGUGUUUGAGCGGCGGCGAGUGAGGAGAUAUAUCCAUGAAAUCAAUAUUGAAACGGCUGUUAAUAUUGACGCCGUCAAGAAGCGGCCUGUUGCGGAGGCGCUUAACGGCAAGCAGAAACAGAAGCAAGUGAAGGUGAAGGAAGCGGCUCCUAACGGAGUUAGGAAGUUCCGGGGAGUUCGGCAACGGCCGUGGGGAAAAUGGGCCGCCGAGAUCAGAGAUCCGACCCGGGGUGUCCGGCUUUGGUUGGGGACUUAUGACACCGCCGAAGAGGCGGCUAUGGUUUACGACAAUGCCGCGCUUAAGCUACGUGGGCCCGACGCUCUCACUAAUUUCGUUAAGCCGCCGCCGAUUGAGACGCCGGAGGUUAAUCCGGCGUCGAGUUCCGGCUACGAUUCAAGCGAUGAGUCCCGCCACCUUCCAUCGCCGACGUCGGUUCUCCGCUUCCGAAUAAGCAAGUGCAGUGAAGAAUCUGAACCGCAUUGCAAGUCGGAAGUGGUUCACUCUGAUGGUUCGGUUCAUGAUUGCGUGGAGAGCGAUCAAGCGGUUCAAGAACCGGACCCGGUUCAAUCCAACGUGGCAGACUUCCCCGGAGAUAUCAAUUUCACAAACGACGACAUUCCAUUCAUAGACAACUUCUUCGAUUUCCAAUCUCCGAAACAAACACUCCUCGACGAUUCGUCGUCAAAUUUCGUCACAACCGAUUUCGACACCACGUCUGCUGACUUCUGGUUGCCGGAUUUCGGCAAUGACCUGUUUCGCGACGAUUUUAGAUUUUGCGACGAUUUUGGUGAUGUUGACAAGUUUGACGAUUCAUUUCAAGACCUUAGCACAUUGAACGUGAGUGAUUAUUUUGAAGAUGACGUGGAUGAGUUCUCCAUUGUUGAUUCUUUUUUGGUAGUAUAAUGUAUUUCGAGAUAUGAUUAAAACCCAAAUGUCUUUAUUCUCCUGUUGCCAUUUUGUUGGCAAAUUUUGCUCACUACACCUUCAAAUCGAAUCCAAUUUUGAGUAUAUUAGCUUUGUUUACAUAUUAUUUUUCAAUAAUAAAAAUAUAUUUAUUUUGAUCUGUACUA